AUGGCCGGCAUUGACACGGAAAUGCAAGACGCCUCAGGGCCGGCAUCCAACCGCAACCGCGGCCGAAGUCGCAGUGUUCACAGCGACGCGCUGUCCGAGAGCGGCGCCGAGGGUGGUCGUUCCGGCCGGACGCGCACUGGCCGUCGGUACAGCCACCGACGCAAAGGCGUCUUUGACGCUGUAGCAGGGCGCACGCGCGUGCGCGAACCCCGACCGCCCAAGUGGCCCGGCCAGCCCACGCGGUUCCGGCACGCCCAGCUCGCGCCCGAAGAGGCGCUGUUCCGCAGCGCGGGGGCGCCACCGCGCUACGAAGAGACGGACACGUACUUUGCGCACGCGGGCCUGCCGGCGCACGCGCUGCCGGCGAGCGAGCUGGUCAAAGCAGUGCACCACUACGCGAGCCACUACUACGAGGUUCUUGCGCCGGAGGGGCGGGGACGAACCGAUACCGUACAACGGCGAGACCCGAACGAGGAGGCCGCCGCAAGGAGUGUGGGCGGCGCACCCGUGAACCGCCGGCUGAUUGAUGAACGCAGCAUGGACGAGACAGCGCUGCUGGCGUUUGGGAUCCUGUUGGAGGAAGCGGGGCGGGCGGUGCUGGGCCGCGAUGGCGCGAUGGUGCUGACGGAGGCGGCCGCCGACGGGGAGGCGGAUGGCGAGUACGAGGUGCGUAGGGUGGAAGAGUCGGUACAGAAACGGACACGAAGGAAGAGAGCUACGAAGAGAAGGCAAGCUGAGGCAAGCUGA